AUGUCAGCCACAACUACAAUUGAAUUAUUUUCUCAAGAACAACAGGAAAGCCAAGUGCUAUCGAACUCAUUUGGCCCGGGCACAGAAGCUGCGAUUAUUCGUGCGAAGCAAAGGUGGAAUGACCCUUCCAUUAACAAAUGGCGUCUUCUGGCUACCUUUGUUAGCUUUGCAGUUGUAGGCGCCAGUGAUGGAGUCUACGGUGCGCUGGUUCCAUAUGUCCGUGAGGACUUUAACCUAACUACCACUGUUGUCUCGCUGAUCUUUGUUACGCCUUUUGUCGGCUACAUGAUUGCAACUAUUCUUGUAAACAAGGUCCACAUGACCUUGGGACAGAGAGGCGUAGCAUUUAUCGGUCCUCUCUGCCACAUCAUUCCGUUUAUCGUUAUGGCAAUUCAUCCUCCGUACCCCGUAAUGCUGGCCGCCUACGUGAUCGUGGGCUUGGGAAAUGGUCUCAUCGAUGCUGCAUGGAAUGCCUGGAUUGCCGAUAUGGCAAACGCGAAUACGUUGAUGGGGUUUCUUAGCGCUUUCUACGGACUUGGGGCAACUCUCAGCCCGACUAUUGCCACCCAAAUGAUUAAGUCUGGGUUGCGCUGGAACUACUUCUACUACACCCUACUUGGCGGUUCUGCCCUAGAACUAGUAGCAAGUGUGGCCAUGUUCUGGCAGGAAAAUGCAGAAAACUUCCGUAUUAAUAAUGCCAAAAGCCCCAACGAUACCAGCGGUGGAAACAGGACUGUAGAGGCUAUGAAGAGCUCUACCACUUGGCUGUUGGCUACCUGGCUCUUCAUUUACAUGGGUGUCGAAGUGUCGGUGGGUGGCUGGAUUGUCGAAUUCAUGAUGCAGGUCCGUCAUGGAGGCAUGUACGAAGCUGGUCUGAUUCCCACUGGCUUUUGGGCUGGAGUUACGCUCGGGCGACUUGUCCUUGGCUUUGCGAAUGAAUGGUUAGGAGAACGAAUGGCUAUUACAAUUUACCUUGCCAUCUCAAUUGCUCUUCAACUUGUCUUUUGGCUGGUGCCAAAGUUCAUCGUGUCCGCAGUCGCAGUCUCCCUACUCGGCUUCUUCACCGGCCCUCUUUUCCCGGGAGCAAUUGUAGUGGCUGCUAAACUGCUUCCAAAGCAUUUACAUACUCCUGGUAUUGGACUCGCAUCAGCUUUGGCUGGUGGCGGGGCAGCAAUACUUCCUUUUGUUGCCGGUGCUAUCUCGGGAGCGCGUGGCGUGCAGAGCUUGCAGCCUUUCGUUCUUGCAUUGCUGAUAGCCUUGAUCGCUUUGUGGUCAUUGCUACCACGAACCAAACCUCAUGCGCAUGGUGUCUGA